GCGGUUCAGCUCCCGACCACUAGGCGGAACAAGUAGGGAUCCCUGCCCGGUCCCAGCGUGGAGAAGGAAGCGGUCUGAGAGUCCGCAUCCCUGCACAAGACGGGACAGAGCGAAACCUCGAGAGGAGCAGACCACUUUCAGUUUUAAUUCGAAGACUUUUCCUUACAUGGGGACGAGAAAUGACAUCGACUCCGAGCGAAAGGAGGGCUUUUGCUCAUAAAAUCAACCGGACGGUUGCUGCAGAGGUCAGAAAACAAGUGUCCAGAGACUAUGGCUCACCUCAAUUGUCGAAGAAACGAGGAGGCGCGCACCACCCUCUUCCGCUGACGGAGGUGGUUGAGCCGGUGGACUUUGAGGAGUAUGUGAGCAGUCAUGCUCCCGGGGUGGAGCCCGGCCCUCUCAAGCAGCUAAUGGAGUUCCCGUCGGAUGACUUGGAGCUCCUCCACCUGGACAAAGAAUGCAAUACACUGGAGCCCCCACUGCCUGAGGAAGAGGACUCGCUGGAUCCCAGAGUGAGAGAUGCCUUGGCUGUCUACACAGAUGACUGGCUUGUCAUUCAAAGAAAAUAUCAGCGCUAUAGCACCACAUACACCCCUCACAACUCUGAGCGGCAGAGGGAGAGGCAACGAGGGCUGGUCAAACAGACCUUUGAACUGGAUGAGGUUGCUGCAGCUGAGCGCCAGGAAGACCAGGAUGACGCAAAGCGGCGGUCAGUCAGCAUCGAUGAGACUCCUCGCGGCAGCUGGGCCUCCAGCAUCUUUGACCUGAAGAAUUCGUCUCCAGACGCUCUCCUGCCAACUGUGCUGGAACAAACAGCUGCAGAGGACAUGGACCACCGCAAUACCGAGGCACGACAGCAGGGGCGCCACAAUGACCUGCUUGGCCUGUUCCCUCCCCCUGAUGAGGAUGAAGCAGUAGAGAGAUGCUCUCUUCCUGAAGUGCCCAAGGAACAUUGUGGCCAGAGGAUCAUGGUCAAGUGUUUGUCUCUGAAGUUUGAAAUAGAAAUCGAGCCAAUAUUUGGAACACUCGCCCUUUAUGACAUCAAGGAAAAGAAAAAGAUCUCUGAGAAUUUCUACUUUGACCUUAACUCGGAUCAGAUGAAAGGACUCCUAAAACCCCAUACACCUCACGUCGCCAUAUCUACACUGGCUCGUUCCGCCAUUUUCUCCAUCACAUACCCUUCUCCUGACAUUUUCCUGGUCAUUAAGCUUGAAAAAGUCCUUCAACAAGGAGAUAUUAGUGAAUGCUGUGAGCCCUACAUGGUUAUGAAAGAAUCAGAUUCAUCUAAGCACAAGGAGAAGCUAGAGAAGUUGCGCCUUCAGGCAGAGCAGUCAUGCACGCGUCUCGGCCGUUUUCGCAUGCCUUUUGCCUGGACGGCCAUUCACCUUCUCAACAUCGUCAGCAGUGUGGGAGGUCUGGAUCGGUCUGACCCGGACUCUGAUUCUGAACGAAAAGGUCAUGGAACAUGGAACGAGAGAAAGAAGAAGGGGUUCGAGCGGAUGAGCAUUGGUGAUGACAUGUGUAACUUUGCCACUUUCCGUCCUGCAACUCUCACCGUCACCAACUUCUUCAAGCAGGAGGGGGAUAGGCUGAGCGAUGAAGACCUUUACAAGUAUCUUGCAGAUAUGCGCAGACCGUCCUCUGUUCUGCGCCGCCUGAGGCCUGUCACAGCCCAGUUGAAGAUCGAUAUCUCUCCAGCUCCAGACUUGCCUCAUUACUGCCUCUCACCAGAGCUGCUUCAUGUGAAGCCAUAUCCAGACCCGCGUGUUCGACCAACCAAAGAGGUGCUGGAGUUCCCCGCCCGCCAAGUAUACACACCGCACACUACCUAUAGGAACCUGCUCUAUGUUUACCCACAAAGUCUGAACUUCAGCAGCCGUCAGGGCUCAGUGAGGAACAUUGCUGUGAAAGUACAGUUCAUGGCAGGAGAGGACCCCAGUCAAGCCUUAGCGGUCAUCUUUGGAAAAUCGAGCUGUGCAGAAUUCAUGAAAGAGGCAUACUCUCCUGUCAUUUACCAUAACAAGUCUCCUGAGUUCUAUGAGGAGAUGAAGAUGAAGAUUCCUGCCAAUCUGACAGACAACCACCACCUGUUGUUCACCUUUUACCACAUCAGCUGCCAGACCAAACAGAACACUCCUCUGGAGACUCCUGUGGGCUACACGUGGAUCCCUCUGAUGCAACAUGGCAGACUACGCACCGGCUCUUUCAGUCUGCCUGUCUCUGUGGAAAAGCCCCCGGCUAGCUACUCGGUGCUCACCCCUGACGUUCAGCUCCCAGGCAUGAAGUGGGUGGAUAAUCACAAAGGUGUGUUCAGUGUCGAAGUGAAAGCGGCCUCCUCGGUCCACACUCAGGACCCUCACCUGGAUAAGUUUUUCACGUUAGUGUAUGUCCUGGAGGAGUACUCCUUUCCUUUCCGCCUGAAGGACGUCAUCAUAACCGAGGCAAACAUGGAAGGGGAGCUGAAGGCCAGCAUGGCUGCACUGAGAGGGGCUGUGCUGGAUACCUGUGUCAGGUUCUUGCAUCAGCUGCUUAACAAACUCAUUCAGCUCAUUGUCUACCCUCCAGUCAUUGCAGGCCAGAUUGUGAACCUGGGUCGGGCUGCUUUCGAAGCCAUGGCUCUGUUGGUCAAUCAGAUCCACAAAAACCUGGAAGGGAACCAAGAUCAACAUGGCCGCAACAAUCUGCUGGCAUCUUACAUCCAUUACUGCUUCCGCCUGCCCACUGCCGAGCCUACUCUGCCACCGAAUGCAGGCACCCAGUCCUAUGAGAUGCCAAUGCAGUACGCUACCUUAUCAAGGGCAACAGCGCGGCCAAGCAGUCUGCACCUGUCCCGUUCCAAAAGCAUUAGCAACUCCAACCCAGACCUGGCAAGCACACCUGUUUCUCCUGAUGAAGAGGUGCAAAGGAUCAUGGGGAGCAAGGGCAUUGACCGCUCCCACUCCUGGGUAAACUCUGCUUAUGCCCCUGGGGGCUCCAGAUCUGUGCUACGCCGGAACCCCAACUCCAGCUGUGAGCUCAAGCAGGCAAACGACCGCAGCUGCAAUCGCAUGUCUGCCUUUCUGGACAGCGUGGCUUUGUUUUCAGUUCCCCCAAGGCAGAUUGCAAAGAAGCUGCUCCACGAGGAGCUGGCUUUACAGUGGGUGGUCAGCACCAGCACAGUGAGGGAAGCGGCGCUGCAACAAGCUUGGUUUUUCUUCCAACUGAUGACAAAGAGCAUGACCCACCACUUAUUCCUGACCUCAAAACUGGAUGUUCCCAGGCGUCAGCGGUUCCCAGACCGCUUUGUGGAUGACAUCGCUGCGCUUGUGUGUGCCAUCAGUGCAGACAUUGUCAGCCGAUACCACAAGGAUGUGGAGCUUGUGGAGAGGUUAAAUAGCAGUCUGGCUUUCUUCCUGAAUGACCUGUUGUCUCUCAUGGACCGGGGCUUUGUCUUCAACCUCAUCCGCUCUUACUACAAACAGAUUGCCAACAAGUUGCACACGGCCCAGAAUCCCAGCUCUCUGAAUGCUCUGAGGAUGGACUUCACUCGUAUUGUCUGCAGCCAUGAGCACUAUGUGAUCCUCAACUUGCCGUGCUCAAUCCUGAGCCCCCCAGCCUCCCCCUCUCCUUCCACUUCUUCCACCACAUCACAGAGCUCAGCAUUUUCCAGUAUGGUGCAAGACCAGGGCGUGGCCACCAUGUUUGAGCUCUCCGUCCCUUUUCGCCAGCAGCACUUCCUGUCCGGCCUGCUGCUGUCUGAGCUAUCACUCAUCCUCGACCCUGAUGGUGAAGGGGUUUUCUUCCUUCAUAAAAAAGCCAUUAGUGCCGUUCACUCCCUGCUGUGUAGCCACGAUGCAGACCCUCGCUACAGGGACCCUCAAGUCAGAGCCCACAUGGCUCAACUCUACCUGCCUCUCAUCCCAAUCGUCAUGGAGACGUUGCAUCAGCUCUAUGACUUCUCUGACUCCUCGCCUUCUCGGGUCCGCCAUGCAUCCACCCACGCUGACGAUGCUGACCCAGACAGUGGCAGCACUAUCAGUCAGUCUGUUGCUAUGGCAAUCGCUGGCUCCCCUCUGCAGCAUGCCAAAGCCAACCCAUUCGCGCUGCCCACAGUGGCGGGGCGCCAGUCCAGCUCUCUGUCUGCCGAGUGCAGUAGGACUCUGCUGGUGUGUUUCCUGUGGGUGCUGAAGAAUGCAGAUGCAGCUCUCCUGGAGCGCUGGGUGUCAGAUUUGUCUGUACUGCAAAUCAACCGCUUGCUAGAUCUGCUGCAUCUCUGUGUGUCCUGCUUUGAAUACAAGGGGAAGAAGACUUUGGAGCGGAUCAAUAGCCUGACAUUUAAAAAGUCUCAAGAUAUGAAGGCACGACUUGAAGAAGCCAUACUGGGCACAAUCGGAGCCCGUCAGGAGAUGGUUCGGCGUCACAGAGAAAGGAGCCCUUAUGGCAGCCAGGAGAACGUUAGGUGGAAAAAGAACGUAACUCACUGGAGAACAAAUGCAGACAGAGUUGACAAGACUAAGGCUGAGGUGGAACAGGAGUCUGUGGUGGAUGGAAACCUAGCUACUGAGGCCUCUCUCAUAGUACUGGACACACUGGAAAUUAUAGUCAAGACUGUGGUUGCAUCAGAGUUGAAAGAAAGUGUUUUAGGUGGAGUGCUGAGAGUACUUCUUCACAGCAUGGCAGGAAACCAGAGCGCCCUCUUUCUGCAGCAUUGCUUCAAUACACAGAGAGCUCUGGUUUUCAAAUUCCCAGAAAUGCUGUUUGAGGAGGACACAGAGCUUUGUGCAGACCUGUGCCUGCGUCUCCUGCGUCACUGCAGCAGCAGUGUCGGCUCUGUCAGAAGUCACGCCUCGGCAUCUCUUUACCUGCUCAUGAGACAGAACUUCGAGAUUGGAAAUAACUUUGCACGAGUAAAGAUGCAGGUCACCAUGUCUCUGUCCUCACUGGUGGGAACAUCGCAGAACUUUAAUGAAGAGCAUCUUCGUCGGUCUCUCAAGACAAUCUUGACAUAUGCCGAAGAGGACUUAGAGCUGCGGGACACACCUUUCCCAGAGCAGGUCCAGGAUCUGGUGUUCAACCUGCACAUGAUUCUUACUGACACUGUGAAGAUGAAGGAGCAUCAGCACGAUCCAGAGAUGCUUAUCGACCUAAUGUACAGGAUUGCUAAAGGUUACCAGAACUCCCCUGACUUGCGCUUAACGUGGCUUCAAAACAUGGCAGGGAAACACUCAGAGAGAGGGAACCAUGCUGAAGCAGCCCACUGUCUGGUCCACAGCGCAGCUCUGGUAGCGGAGUAUCUCAACAUGCUGGAGGAUUGUCGCUACCUGCCCAUUGGUUGUGUCACAUUUCAGAAUAUUUCAUCCAACGUAUUAGAGGAGUCGGCAGUAUCCGAUGACGUUCUGUCGCCAGAGGAGGAGGGCAUUUGUGCUGGGAAGUAUUUCAGUGAGUCUGGCCUGGUGGGCCUUCUGGAGCAAGCAGCUGCUUCUUUUAACAUGGCUGGCAUGUAUGAGGCCAUUAAUGAAGUGUACAAGAUUCUGCUCCCGAUCCAUGAAGCCAACAGAGACUUUAAAAAGCUGGCUACUGUCCACGGGAAGCUACAAGAUGCCUUUAAUAAAGUCUACAACCAAAGUUCAGGAUGGGAGCGAAUGUUUGGGACCUACUUCAGAGUGGGUUUCUAUGGCUGUCGCUUCGGAGAUCUGGAUGAGCAAGAAUUUGUCUACAAGGAGCCAUCGAUCACCAAGUUAGCGGAGAUAUCGCACAGACUUGAGGAGUUCUACUCAGAGAAAUUUGGGGAUGAGGUGGUCGAAAUUAUCAAAGACUCCAGCCCAGUGGACAAAAACAAACUAGAUCCCAACAAGGCUUACCUGCAGAUCACCUAUGUCGAGCCCUACUUUGACACAUAUGAGCUGAAGGAAAGAAUCACCUACUUUGACAAGAACUACAACUUGCGUACCUUCAUGUACUGCACUCCCUUCACUCUGGACGGCCGCGCUCACGGCGACCUGCACGAGCAGUACAAACGCAAAACCAUCCUGACAACAUCUCACGCCUUCCCUUACAUCAAGACACGGAUCAAUGUUAUCCACAAGGAGGAGAUUAUUCUUGUCCCCAUCGAGGUGGCGAUUGAAGAUAUGCAGAAGAAGACUCAGGAGCUCGCUUUCGCCACAAACCAAGACCCCGCAGACUCUAAAAUGCUUCAAAUGGUGCUCCAGGGCUGUGUGGGCACCACUGUCAACCAGGGCCCCCUUGAGGUGGCGCAGGUCUUUCUCGCCGACAUUCCUGAUGACCCCAAGCUGUUUCGUCAUCACAACAAACUGCGCCUCUGCUUUAAAGACUUCGCUAAGAGGUGUGAGGAUGCCUUGAGGAAGAAUAAAGCCCUGAUUGGGCCAGAUCAGAAAGAGUACCACAGAGAGCUAGAAAGGAAUUACCAUAAACUGAAAGAAGCUCUGGGUCCUCUCAUCAACCGCAAGAUCCCCCAGCUUUACAGAACCGUACCAGCUCCGACUCUGCAAACACAACGGAACUCCUACAGUAGGUCGAGUUUCCGCAAAGUCGACUGUUGAGCCACAGAAAGCUGGAAAGCGACACAGAGAAACAAGCUUUUAAAAUUAGCACCAUCUCAUACCGUCUGUCCCCCCUUCCCCCCACUGCGUUGCACACCAACUGUAGCAGGAACACACAAACACACCGUCCUCUUCUUCAUCUAGCUCGUUAUUUUACACUCAUCACCUUUGGCCACCCAGUCAUGUCUUAACACCCCCCUCCCCCUUCCAACCCCUCCAUGCACACACAGUAAGUUGUCACCUCUUUUGCUGCCCUACCAUCCCCACCACUCUCACACCUCUUUUGGGGAAAAAAAACCCCUCUGGUGUUUAUGCAGGAAGGUUAUCUGCUCUGUAAACAUUGUCAUUUGGAGCAAGGCUCUAAGAUGGCAGUGUUUAAAGAAAGCUUUUUACAGUUAUCCACCCAAAGUAAUCUCUCAGAGCCUGAUCUGACUUUACCUUUAGUUUUUAGCACACUGUUUUGGGUUUGUUUUUCUUUAGCUUCGAGUGUCUGCUUUUGAAGAGGCUUAGGUUGUCUGUUUUGUGUCAUGGACUUAUUUAAUUUGUGAGAUUUUUUUUUUAAUCCCUGGUAGUGAUCACUGCCAGACUUUGUUAUUAAAUAGUCCCAGGGAGUUUUCUUUUGUUAUCAACAGACCAAAUAACUGACAUUCCUUCUCCCUCAAGUCGUAACAUUUAUCUGCCCAUCUCUCGUUAUAAGGGUUCAAUAAAGGGAGUUGGUGGGCUGCUUUUUGUGGAGGUCCAGGUUUGAUAUGAUUGAGCUCAUUAUGUGUGGGAGAGAGUGACUCGAUGGGAUGCUUAAAUGUGUUUUUAAAACUGUGAACUCUUAGACAUGCACUCCAGUCGCAUCAGAUUUUUAUCACAGAAGCACUGUUUAAAGACAGGCCAUCUCGUUUGCUCACACAGGCAUGUUCAAACUGCGACAUUCGCUAUCAUACUACAGUAUAGAUAGAUAACUGAAUAUGUUAUGACUGCGUAAACAAGUCCUCGUUUGACUGUUAUGAGCUUCUGUGGAAGACCAAAUGUUUUGUAUGUAUACACCUCUGUGGCUAUAGAAGAUUUACAUUUAUUGUAGAAAUCUCCAUCUACUGUAUCUAUGAAAUUGCACUAUUGUAAACAACCUGCAGCACAUUAACACUGUAACUACUAAAAUAUAUGUGCUUUUGUUAUUUUACAGAGCUGGAAACUGUUUUUUACCAAUUAGAUAGGCAAUUUUUUUUAUUUAUUUACACUGUCUUCUAUUAAAUAUUUCUCCCUACA